AUGAUGAGUGACGUGACAAGAACGACUACGAGUGAAGCCGUCCGUGCCAUCCGUGAUGUAGCUGACACCACCAGAUACACUAUUUCCGAUCUCGAAGGACGGUUUGAGCCUCUCGAUCCAAGUUUGCGAUACGAAAUAGCUGGAAGCUGUGAAACACCUUACACGGGUGGUUUGACAAAGAUCGAGAUUGUACCCCAGCAGAAUCAUUUCCUACGUCGAUGUCAUGCACAGCCUGCACAGGACUUUCCGUGGCUUGAGGUGCGUGAGAUGCCUACCAUCAAUGGACGAAGUGUUUACGCCAGAGUAGAUAUCGCUAAAGAAAUGGCGGUUGCUGAUUAUCGUAAGAAAAGGACCUGA